AAGGAUUUAGAAUUCUCCUGAUGAUUCACUUGAUUUUCUCUCGUAUAUUUGUUUGUUGUCUCCCCUAUUGGCCGGGUGAUUUGAAACGUUUUCAUGAAUAAACAUGAGAACGUAUGCUGUGUUCUACAAGGGAUACCUCAAACUCUUGAUAGCUAGUUUGUGGAGCAUGAUUUGCCUGAUAUUCAGAAGGCACUUAAAAACAGCAUUAAAAUACCAAAGUGUGAAAUAUGAUAUUGUUCCUUUAUCUCCCUUAUCUAAGUACCGGUUGUGUACAUUAAGACGAAAAGUUAUGGUAUUAGAUUUGGAUGAGACACUGAUUCAUUCAGUACACGAUGGGAUAAUGCGGCCAACGGUCAGACCAGGAACACCUCCAGAUUUCGUUCUCAAAGUUUUUAUUGACCAUCAUCCUGUUCGCUUCUCCGUUCAUAAACGACCGCAUGUUGAUUUUUUCCUCAAUGUGAUAAGCCAGUGGUACGAACUUGUAAUAUAUACAGCUAGUCUUGAAAUUUACGGAGCAGGAGUAACUGAGUUGCUCGACAAUGGACGCCAUAUUCUUCAGAGACGAUUUUACAGACAGCAUUGUACAUAUGAUAAUGGCAGCUAUUCAAAGAAUCUUUCCCUAAUUACCUCUGAUAUGGCUUCUGUAUUCAUAUUAGACAAUUCUCCAGGGGCCUACCGAUCAUAUCCUGAUAAUGCUAUUCCGAUUCGGUCAUGGUUUUCCGAUUCACGUGAUACAGCCCUUCUAUGUUUGCUACCAGUACUGGAUGCUCUUAGGUUUGUGAGCGAUGUACGUUCAGUACUAAGUCGUAAUUUACACAGGCCCCAAUCCAUACUACCUUAACACUAAUACAUACAUACAUGUUCUUUUGUCCAAAUACCUGAUUACCUUUUUGUUUGACCAGAUUUUUUAGGUUCUAAUUAUUAUUAAUACUUAGUUGUAUAUUCGACUUCACAACUCUCAUUUCAGUUAAACCUUUCUAGUGCGUUAAUCUUUAUACUUAGAAUUUUAUCAGACUAUAUAAUGUGUACAUGUUUUCUAAUUUCAUUAGGGCUCCCUAUCUAAUAGACUCAGUACUGUGUUUUGGAUUAUUAUUCUCAAUAUCUUUCUGUGUUUACUACGUUUUUAUUCAUGUUUUAAAGCUUUAUAAUCUUUUUGUCUCCAGUCCACUGUAUUGUCUGCACAGCCCUACUCUAUUUUGCAUCUGUUGUUUGAUUCCAGUUAAUGAAUAAAUUUAGGGAGGUGUUGUGCAAAUUAGUAUGUAUACUCUAUUUUUUCUGUGUAUGCCUCAGUUAAUAUGAAAUAGGUACAAUUGAUUUACUAAUACACUACUAGAAUAACAUAUUCUAUUGUCCUUGUGAGCUAAAAUUGUAUUAUAUUUUGAAUACUUUGUUUCUUAUACUUUUCAGUAUUAUACCUGUUGUUAUUUUAAGAAUUCCCUUCAUGUCUGAUUCCAGUCUCUCUAUUUUCUCCUUUUUCUUCUUCUAAUGAUAAAUACAGUUAUUUAAACUUAAUUAUUACCUCAAUUCUAUCAGCUUUCUUGUGUGUGUAAAUAAUAAAUAUACAAUUUAUUUCUUACUGUAAAUUAUUCUUUACACCACUAAAAGAUUCACAAAUGCUUUUUUUUUAAUUUCCGCUUGUGAAUACUUUACUGACAAUUAAGUAGUAUUACACCUUAUCACUCCAUAAAUUGUUCGACAGAAGGGUGUUUGCCUUAACUUCA